CGGAGAAGCUUGAUAAAAGCCAUGGAAAAGAAGAAGAAGAAGGACACCCCCAAAUCAAACCCACAACCAGGAACUACUGAUUCUGGGGUUAGUUAGAAUAUAGGCUUAUUUUUCUUUCCAUUUGCACCAUUUUCUUUUUCCAACCCUAAAUAUACUCCUCUACUUUUGCUCUGCAAAUACAUUAAUGAUGAAGUCACUGCAUCUUUUUUCUGGUUUAUUGUUUAUGUUAUUUUUUUCGAUUUUACUUGCAAGCUCUUGGUGGUAAACCAUACCAUUCUGUACUUCUUUAAGCACGAAUGUUUGAAUGUGGACAAAACGUCUCAAAAAUUUCAAUGGUGUCUUUUCAUUCUAUUAUGGAAAGAUUCUUUUUUUUUUUUCUUCGUGUUUUGUUUGGGUAGAGUCAAAUCUGGGAAAAUGGUUGGCCUUGUGAAAGGUAAAAUCCAUUGGCUAUGUUCUUUCCUGUGAUAUUUAUGUUAAUGUGAUCAGUUUCUUUGUUCUCUGCACUGGGCUCUGUAUCUGCUACUGUUUCUGCAAAAUUGGUUAAUUUUUUUCUAAUGGGUCUUUGAAGUCGAAAUUCUGAAAGAUGAAUGACAAUGGUUGACAAAACAUAUUGAAGAUGAUCAACUCCAAUGAUUUCCAUGGACUAGAUUAAAGAUGAUCAAACCCAAACAGUUGGGGCAAGCAUGAUUAAGAGGACUUCAAGAACAGGGAGCCCUUCAAAUGAUAAUUUGAAUGCUCUUAACCAGAACCAGUUCCCUCCCGUUUUACAGUGGCCUUAUACACCUCAACCAACAAUAGAGCACUCUACCAUUGUUAAGCAUUCACCUCUCACUCAAAACCCCUUGCCCUAUCUUAACCAUAGGAAGCCAUUAAAUCUUAACCAAGCUCAACAAGCAUCUGGGUUUUGGCCACCACGCCCUGAGUUCCCCUCUGGUCCAGGGGCUUAUUUCCCUUCUGCCCCUCCUCCCACCAUUACCGAGUCUAAUUGGCAAGCUCCUACUGUUCUUGGAGCUUCUUCUGGGAACGAACAUGCUGCUCCUGCAUACUGUUACCACGGGGGGUAUUCGUAUCCCAUGGGCUUUCCAGGUCCAUGGGACCCUUCUACUUGGUGGGGGCAACCACAAACACAGUCCCCUUAUGUGUACCCUCCUCCUCCUCACCCACCCCCUUAUGUGUACCUUCCUCCUCCUCACCCCAUGACUGAAGGUUCGGCCGUGGUGCAACCUUACCAGAGGGGUGUUAUAAGACCUCCUGCUGGACUCUCUCAGAAGCAUCAGAGACUAUGGGAAGCACAAUCAGCCGAGAAUGUUCAUCUCUGGACUGCUCUGCGCCGUCUUGAAACAGAGAUUGCUUCAUACCGUGUCAAGAUUACAAAGCUUGAAUCCAUGCUUCAAUCUCUGAAACCACAACAGGAUGCUGGAAUAGAGGGGUCGACCUUGCAAACUACAAGGAAAGGGAGAACCAAGAGAUCAACAGCUCCAAUGGCUAAUACACUAAAUUCUCCUGAGAAUAUUCAACCUAGACCUCGUGGAAGAAGGCCUAAAGGUCCAGCUGAAGCAAAGGAACAAUUGAACCCUGAGAAAGAGAUUUCCCAUAAGGCUGAUGAUAGAGAACAGGCCUUCAGUCCAAUAGCUCAGCAAGAAUCCGAACAAAAAAUCCCAAUGAUUCUAACAAAUGGUGGUGGAUUUGAGUUAAAUGGAAGUAAUAAGCCAAUACCAUCUUUGGAUUUCCAAAAUAUGGUUUCAUACCAGAACCAGGUUAAUCAAGAAACAGUUGGGAACCAAAUUAGCGCAUUCGUCACAAAACCCACCUCUGAAAUGCCAGGAAAGAGAAAUACAGAUGAACAAAAGUCCCUAUUUUUUAUGCCUGGUCAAGUUGUAAAGGGUGCUGAAUCUUCUGAUCAUGCUUCUAUGUCUUUUAGAGGAGUUGGUAAUGGAGUUCAUGGAUGGCCCCAAGCCAUGAUGCAAUCUGAAAAUUGUGCUAGAAAUAUUAUGGAUAUGAGAUCCCACCUCUUCUAUGAUCACGGCAAUGCCUUGAGGCAAGGAAACAAGGUUCUCUCUGGUUGGAGCUGUGUAGGUGAAGAAGAUCAAGAUGACGCUGAGCAAUCACGGAAGGAAGAUGGUGAUGAUGAAGAGAUGGAAGAUGAUUCGAGCUCAGCUGUGGAUGAAAUGAGCAAGCCAAAGGUGGAAGGCUCUCUAGGGCUGGAUUCAAGGGCUCAGAUUGCCAAAGGCUUGACUCAAUUGAAUAGGUGGUAGGUAACUCAGUUGGGUCUAACCACUGACAUAGGAAAUUGGUGCCUCAAUAGAGAUAAUUCUCUUUCUUCUUUUUGUUGCCUAUGGACUCAGGUUCAGAGAGAGAGAGAGAGAGAGAGAGAGUGGCAAGAGAUUUUGCAGGGUACAAAGGCAACAGGUUAUGUAGGUUGACGACUGAUGAGAAAUUGUAGGUUUUGGAUGUUUUAGUAGCUCACCUUUUGUAGAUCUACCCAUCCUUCAUCGGUUUCCAAUUCUCUUUCCUGGUUUUGCAGAUGCUGAAAAGAGAUUACUUGUACUCUUGUUUACUGCAUGAAUUAAAUCAAAAUCAUUUUUGGGCU